CUUCCUUCCACCUAACACCGGUUUACGCAAAAUCCACUGCCGGAGUUUCUAGCUCUUCACGAGUGCAUUCAAAGCAAAGUAAGCGAGAAUGGGUGUAGUGCAGCUCAUAUCUACACAUCGUCGUGUAGCAGCCAACAGAUUGUGAAUCAGUGAAGUGGUUAUGUUUGUGAUCAGGGCACAUACGCAUCGACUUCCGACAUUAGCCUGUUUGCGCAACCUCAAAUAGUCGACCUCUAUUUUGGUCUGAAGGGACCGGGAUGAGACAUGGUGUAGGGGAAUGCUGUCAUAACGGAUAUAUCCAUUACGGGAAGCUGGAAGUUGGAUGUGAUUAACACUGUGGACAUAAUCAGCUGACCUCAUUAAGAAACCUCAACACCAGCCAAAUGUCAACGCUCCCUGCUACCCACUGACACUGUUCCAAGAGACGGAUGUGGACUUUAUUUGGGAAUAUUCAACAAUAAAGCUGGUCUCCCUAAUCACCAGACCUGCUAACUCAACCAGCCUGAUUCCUUCUCUGUGUCCGAUUCUGAGAGAAGCUCCUCUCGCCUUCACCAUCCUUCACGUUGUUCAGUCUCUCCUGCUUAGGGGGGUCACCGGACAUGUCCACCAAGGCGCCUAUCUACCUGAAGCGGCGGAGCAGGAAAGGGAAGAAAGAGAAGCUGCGGGACAUCCUCUCCUCGGACAUGAUCAGUCCACCGCUGGGAGAUUUCCGGCACACCAUCCACAUCGGCAGUGGAGGCGGGGAGGAAGACUUGUUUGGUGACCUGUCCUUCCUGCAGGGGAAGUUCCACCUUCUCCCCGGACAGCAGGGUCACAGCCUUUCCCAACGCUCCUCCAUGUAUGGCGAGUCCUUCCGGUUUAGCCGUGCCACCAGCAUCAGCGGGCAACCCCCUUCCUCGGAGAGCUCCCCUCUGCUGAAGAACGCCCUCUCUCUGCCCGUCAUCGGGGGGGUUCAGGCCAUUACCCUGCCUGUCACCGCCACAACCUCUGCCGCCCUCCCACCUCAGAACAUUGCCCCCCCACCCAAACCGCCCCGAUUGCACCUGGAUGACAAGAUCCCGAUGCCCCAUCAACCAGGGUUGGACUCCGCUGUCCCCUCAGCCCAGUUUCCAAGCAACCCGUCGCAGUUCUGCCCACCCUCCCCCGGGCUCAGAUCGGACAGGGAUGUGUCUGUCCAGGACCCGUAUCUGGAUGAGAACUGUCAGGAGCGCCCCUACCUGUCCCACGCGGGCUCCCUGCUCUCCCUGCACCUGGACCUGGGACCCUCCAUUCUGGACGACGUGCUGCAAAUCAUGGACAGCCAGCGCCUCAGUGGAUUCAACGGAACCUGUCUGCAGGGAGGACGGCGCAAGCUCUACACCUGACCACAGAACCCUUCUUCCCUCUUUCCCGUCACUGUCUUCGUAAUGCAACAGAGGAGGUUCUUCCCUUAGCCAAACCUUGCUGGAUCACAAGGCUGGCUUUUUUUAGUAGUGCACUCAUAUUAAGUGCUUUUCUUUUUUAAGGGAAAUUUUCUUUCAUUGCGGUUAGUGCUAAAUUGAUAUUGAAUAUCUUCCUAUGCUUUUCUGUGUGAACUACUAAAUGAAUUACUAAAUGUAAUAAGUAAUGGAGUGACAUGAAAUGAGCCAAAAGCUGACACAAUUAAAUGUGACACAGUUGCUGUUUUCAUAAAAAGUUUUACUGCACCUGAGCUUUAGACCACAAGACUUGCUCCUGAAAUUAGUUUGCUGCCCGUGUCACACAGAUUUAUCCAGCUAAUUCAGCUGUUCUGAAACUGACAUUCUAUUCAGACUCUACUUGGUUUGGUUGGAGAUAUUGUUCCAGAAGACUGACACUUAUUGAAAAGUUAACGGUAUGCUAGUGAUGAAUUCAUCUCGGCAAUGGACACAAAGCCAGAGGGAUGGUCGCCUUCUUGAGUGUCUUAUUUGACAACUUUUUUUCUUUUUGAUAAUGUGAAAGCUGUAACUUUAUAUUCGGAUGACCGCGAGUUGCUGAGAGUUCAGUUGCGUAUCUGUUGAUUUUUUUCAGCAGAUCCACAGAGCUUAGCUCCCUGAUUUUCAUAGCCCUGAGGCUCUGAUAAUUGAGGGUGUUGGACACACUUGGAGUACUGUUACAUGUUCAUUCACAACCUCAGACUGCUCAUGAGGAGAUUAUCUCCCCACGGUAACCCCCAGGGCCUUUUGUGGCUUCAACGAUCUCUUAUAACACAGCAGCGUUCAGAACAGCACUUUUAUCAGUCUUAUUUGGAUUUGUUGUUACAAGAUGUCAGUAUUUUCCUUGCUAACUAUUUAAAAUACAGGGUACAGUUGCUGGAUUCCCUGCUGCCUACAUUUGGUUGUAUUACAAUAUUGUAUUAAGAAUGUGGCCAUCUACAGGAGGAUAAUAAGUCCCACGAUUCUUCACAUAAGAAAUGCAUGAUUUAUGUUUUAUUUGCAGCCAUAAGUGCACAGAUACAGUUAAACAUUGUAAAAACAAUGGAUGUAAAAUUAUAGAAAAUAUAAUUUAGAACAUGCUUUGGGUCUUUGAACAUUGGACCAAUGAUUUGCAGGUGUACUUUAACAAAGGACCAAUGUUGGAAAAGAUUUGAUCCAUAUUAACCCAUCACAUCCUGCUUAUCCCAUUAUAGGCAAACGUACAGUAGUCUGCAUGCAUGCAUAACACUUAACAAUACCAUUAUAGUCUCAUUAGAUUAGUAUUACAAUAGGUUACAUUUCUUUGACACAAACAUACUAAAGCACUACAAACUUGUUCAUGCACAGAGAAAUGUAAAUGUCUCAAUUACUGCUUAUUCAGUUACCGUAAACUGCUCUAACAUUUCUGUAUUCACUUUAGAAAAUCGGAUCAAAUUGAUCAACGUGAUGUCACUCCAUAAAAACCACUCUGUGAUUUACUCAGCUGAAAGAAGCACUUUGACUCUGCGUAUCUGACAUGUUGAAAAGAGCACUGUAUUAAUAGGCCUAAGCUGCAGUACAGAGGGAGAGAGCGAGCACAAUAUGAGCCUGGACUAGAUACUGUAGCUGUCCUGCUGAACGUGGCCAGGCCAGGAUGGCGUUGCGUAAGGCUGUUUCUGUUUACUCCGUAGGUCUGCUGCCUCAGUAAGAAGAGAGAGAGCCUGACAGUACAGUUCUGCCCUGCAUGGUGAAGGACAACACCCGUUGACUAACCUUCAGUGUCUCCUCCAACUGCUAAGAGUGAUUUAUUUUUGUAGUCUAGUAAUUUGUAAUCUCUCUGGGAACAACUAUGUUAACACAGUUCUGGGUUUGUAUACUGUGUAUAAUGACUUAAUGUAAACAGACUUUACUCUUCCUUUUUAAGCUGUGAAAUAUGUUAUGCCUCUAUGAUAGAAUUCAAACGAUUUUGGCAUGUUUCACUUUGUAUAUGGUUGUCUUGACCUCCAAGUAAGUGUUGGUUGUUUUUGAAAGUGGUUAAAGCACACAGAGCCAAACACACUCCUGACAUGGUCUUUUUCAUUUUGUUUAUCAUAGUUCUAAUGGCACUGGCUUCUGCUAAUAUCUGAAUCACCAGAUAUGAUGCUCGAAGCAGGGAACUGUAUGCACCAACGUAUCAAGUUUUGUAGAUGUCUCGGUUACAUCAUAACCCUUGCUUAUCUUCCACUUCAUAAGAAUUCUGUUUGAUGAUGAUGAUUCUUAUUGUGCUGCUAUCAAUGGGCAUAUUUCACAUGCUGGAACAAAUUGUUUAUCGGCAUCACACAAUUAAUUACAAGCUGUAAAUGAUUAUAAAUAAAUGCUACAUUAUGGGUAGACCAAAACAGA